CAUUUUGUCCUUCAGUACAUAAGGUUGAAGAAGGUUUUCCAUUGUAGCGGGAAAAAAAAAAUGGUUUUGUAACGCUUAGACCAUGAAACGCUCUUCCAAACCACCAAAUGCUACCAGUACCCUCGACCAAGUCACCCCAUCUCAACCGCUGCUUCGUCUUCCUCCUACAGCGAUGCAAGUCUAUGAGCGAGCUGAAGCGAAUCCACGCCCAAAUCACCACCCACGGGCUCUCCGCUGACAACUUUCUCAUCUCCAAACUCCUCUUCUCCGCCGUCUUUGACUACGGCGACAUCGAUUACUCUUGCCGGGUAUUCCGAACCCUUCCCGCCCCAACCACCUUCAUCUAUAACACUCUCAUCCGAGGCUUCUCCAAAUCCAAGAACCCGAACUCCUCCAUUUCUCUCUAUACCGAGAUGCUUCGUGCCGGGGUCUCACCGGAUCACCUCACCUUCCCCUUCCUCGCGAAGUCCUGCGCCCGCCUCUCCUCCCUCCGUUUAGGGCUGUCCGUCCAUGCCCACAUUGCGAAGAGUGGGCUGGAAUUCGAUCUCUUCGUCCAGAAUUCUUUGAUUCACUUGUAUGCAUCUUGCGACGAUAUAUUGUCUGCCCGGAGGGUGUUCGAUGGAAUUUCCCAACCAAAUGUCGUGUCAUGGAAUGCCCUGGUUGAUGGCUAUGCAAAGUGUGGAAAUAUAGCUGCUGCGAGGGAGGCGUUUGAUCGUAUGCCGGAGAGGGAUGUGGUGUCUUGGAGCGCUCUGAUUGAUGGGUAUGUGAAAGGUGGGGAGUACAGAGAGGCGCUCGCCCUAUUCGAGAUGAUGCAAGCUCAGGCAGGUGGGCCAAAAGCCAAUGAGGUCACCAUGGUGAGCGUGUUGUGUGCCUGUGCGCAUUUAGGGGCCCUUGAUAAAGGGAGGGAGAUGCACCGUCAUUUAGAGGAAAAUGGCUUACGCUUAAGUCCAGAGCUGUUGACUUCCUUGAUUGACAUGUAUGCCAAAUGUGGAUCCAUACAUGAGGGUCUUGAAGUGUUUCAUGCCGUCCCAACACAAAAAACAGAUGUGUUGAUGUGGAAUGCGAUGAUUGGGGGGCUCGCAAUGCAUGGGUUGGGCAAAGAGUCAGUAGAGAUGUUCAGAGAAAUGCAGAGGGUGGGCAUGGUACCAGAUGAGAUCACGUACUUGGGGUUGUUGAGCUCUUGUGCUCAUGGAGGCUUGGUAGAGGAUGCCUGGGCUUUCUUUAGAUCCCUCAAAGCCCAAGGCAUGACACCGCAUGUUGAACAUUAUGCUUGCAUGGUUGAUGUUCUUUGUCGAGCGGGCUGUAUGGAGGAGGCAUAUGAGUUCGUCAGCACAAUGCCCAUCGAGCCGAGUGCUUCUGUUUUAGGUGCUCUGCUUAGUGGGUGUCAGACCCAUGGUUGGGUGAAGCUGGGAGAGAUUGUGGGAAAGAGGCUCAUCAAAUUGGAGCCGGAACAUGAUGGACGGUACAUUGGCUUGUCAAAUGUUUAUGCCAUUGCAAGGCGGUGGGAAGAGGCCAAGACAAUGCGCGAAGCAAUGGAAAAGAGAGGGGUGAAGAAGCUUCCUGGGUAUAGUGAGAUUGAGGUGGACGGAGGUCUACACAUAUUCAUUGCUCAUGAUAAGGCUCAUCCCCAAUCAACAGAGGUUUAUUCUAUGUUGAUUGUGGUAGCUAUGCAAAUGAAAAUGGAGUAUAAUGGCAUCAUCCAAGAACCUUUAUCAUUGUAAUCCAAAGGCAAAUGGUCAAGCAUGCAUGUACAUCUCAAAAAAUGGAGUACACAGUAACACCUUGGGGACCUAUACCAUCAAACGGAUUAAAAUUUCAACAGAGUGUUGGUUGAUUUCUUUGCUCGGCAAGUGAUCAUAUUCCCAUCACACUAUGGGAUUCUUAUUUCUAACAGAGCGAUCUAACUAUUGGAAAAUAUUGUACUGAGAUAAAAACAAAGAUCUUGACGACAUGACAUCAAGGAAGCAAGGCCAAUCUUUGGCUGAAAGUGGUACAAUUGAAUGCUAUAAGAAAGGAAGCCCAUACUCGCAAUUUUGGAGCAUUUUCAUGCAGUGGCUGCAGACUGUACCUUCCUUUUCCUUUUUAAUAUGAAACAAACCUGAAGUGAAACCAACCUGUGGCUAUCACAGUCCCUCUUAUGCAAGCGCUCCCUUCAAGGGCUACAAGCGUCCAGGAUCCAAAAAGCAGCACUUCCCUCCAAAUGGUCAUUGUGGCAUAGCUUAAGUGGUAAGCCCAAUUUCUGGAAUAGCUUUGUUUCUGAAAAUUAACUAUUGUCUUUAUCAGGUAUACAUGCACCAGAUGAACUGGACUAAUUUCAUCUCAGGAGCAAAGAUGAAACCAGAUUCCUAUAGUGCACUAGAAUGAAGUCAAAUAUUACCUCCAGCGUACAAUAAAGCAAAGCCUGGGAUAGAGAACAGGUGAAUGAAUCGGUGGAAUAUUGUGGAGAAAGAUACGUUGUGCAGGAACUUUGCAUUCUUUAACUGCUGGGUGUUGUGGUAUCGGAAAAAGAAAUGUGAAGGUUUUAAAACAUGUAUAUCAGAACCCAAGGUUUCUUGUAUCUGUAUCAAAGUUAUGGUUUUGAAGGGGAUUUAGAGCAAGUUGAUGCAAGCAAGAGGCCUCCUGCUGGAGAGAUAAUUGAAGGCUCAGUGUCCAUGCUUGCAUAGGUCAAGGAGAGAUAAUCUACACCAAGUUAACAGCUAACACAAAGGUCCGAGCCCUUGCUAAUCUCCUUGUUGCUGCCAAGUUUUGCCCCUCUGCUGUACCAAUGAUCACCAUUGUGAUGAGCAUUUGGAUGCCCCCCACCAUAAACAUAGUCGACUCAUCAAGACAAAGGUAAAGCUACUAUUGUUAGUCCCAUUGCAAAUGCUGAUAUGAGUAAUGACUUCUCACCCAAGUUGAUGUUUUGGAUCAAGCUUGGAGUGCAGAAGUCUAUGAUGUUAAAUUAUAUGACUUGUUGGAACAAUGGGCUGUGGGAUGCUGUCACCAUUUCAAGUUAAGGCCAUGUACUUUGAAUAAUCCUCAUGAAGGAUUAGAUUGUGACUCUGCGGGUUUCACAAAUGAUGACCAUUGUAUCAUUCAGUUCUGCAAGGAUGUUAGGGUUCCCUUGGAUCA